AUGUCGUUGCAUUAUCCCCAAGGAUAUCGGUACCGUCCGGCGACUAAAGCUGCCGGGACAGGAAAUGGCGAGCAAGGUUCUGACAGUGACGUUGCCGAACUCAGUGAUCUCGAGGACGACGAGGACGAAGAUGGGGGUGGUCAGUCGACCAAUAGACGUGUCGUUCGACGGCACGAGGAGGAAGAGGAGGAAGACGACGACGAGGAGGACGACGACGACGAGGACGACGAGGAUGACGAGGAUGACGAGGAUGACGAGGAUUUAGACGAGGAAGACGAGAACGAAGAUUAUGGCGUAGACAUAGAUGGCGACGAACUACCCUAUCCUGGUUUCGUGCCGGUUGCACUCCGAUACCUCGACCAGAAUACACGACCGCGCAACUGGUGUCUGGCGCUCAUCACUAAUCCGUGGUUCGAAAGAGUGAGCAUGAUGGUAAUUCUUCUAAACUGCAUUACAUUGGGGAUGUAUCAACCCUGUGUGGACGAUAAGUGUGUAACGAAUCGCUGCAAAAUACUACAAAUGUUCGACGACAUCAUUUUCGCCUUCUUCUCCCUGGAGAUGACAAUCAAAAUGGUCGCGAUGGGCAUAUACGGCAAAGGAACGUACCUCGCAGACUCCUGGAAUAUAUUGGACUUCAUUAUAGUAGCGGCUGGUGCUCUGGAAUAUUGUUUGAACGUGGAAAACAUGAAUUUAUCGGCGGUAAGGACAAUAAGAGUCCUGAGACCUCUACGCGCCAUCAACAGAAUUCCAAGUAUGCGGAUCCUGGUGAUGCUUUUACUCGACACUCUUCCUAUGCUGGGCAACGUGCUGCUGCUGUGCUUCUUCGUCUUCUUUAUAUUCGGUAUCGUCGGUGUGCAAUUGUGGGAGGGCAUCCUGCGACAACGGUGCUUCCUGAAGGCUCUACCCAACGUCAAAUAUCCCGACGACCUUGAGAAGUACUUCGAAUAUCAGGGUCAGGACUACAUUUGCUCGCGUCCCGACGACAACGGAAUGCACUCUUGCAGUAACUUGCCGCCGCUCAAGUUUGGAAAUGUGGUUUGCAAUAGUACCGCGUUGCCGAACAACAAUGCAACGUUUAUCACCAACGACACCUGCGUUAAUUGGAAUUACUACUACACGGAGUGCAAGGGUCAGGGUAACAAUCCUUUCCAAGGAACGAUAUCGUUCGAUAAUAUCGGUCUUGCCUGGGUUGCAAUAUUUCUCGUAAUCAGCCUUGAGGGGUGGACAGACAUAAUGUAUUACGUGCAGGAUGCUCAUUCGUUUUGGGACUGGAUAUACUUCGUCCUUUUAAUCGUGAUUGGUUCCUUCUUCAUGAUUAAUCUCUGCUUAGUCGUAAUAGCAACGCAGUUCUCAGAGACGAAAAAGCGGGAGAUGGAAAGAAUGCGACUGGAACGUGCACGUUUUCAUUCUACAUCAACGCUUGCAUCGUCGACAAAUACUUCAGAGCCAACUACAUGUUACGCGGAAAUUGUUAAAUAUAUUGCACACCUGUGGCGAAGAGGAAAGAGGCGGCUAAUGAAGAGGUACCGAGUGUAUUUAUACAAAAGACAGCAGAGACGUGAGCAGAAUUUACUUAAGGAACAGCGACAACACGGACACCCAUUUCGAGGAGGUGGACCCGGCCCUGAUCCGAAUAGAUUACCCGGAGACAGGAGAUUCCAUCAUGGCAGAUGUCCCCGGCUGUUGGCAGCCCUGGAGUACGCGGAGCAGCAGCAACAGCAGCAGCAGCAGGGGAUCGGCAGCGGCGGUGGCUCCCUCGCUGACUUCGCGGCGAACAGUCCCCCGACGCAGGUCGCCAUUCUCGCUACUGCAGUUGGCAACAAUGGCGGCAGCAACGGGAACCUCGCGAUCGCGCCACGCGCCAGCCCCGAGGUCUCCGAAGCGGACGUUUCCUCCAAUGUUUGUCAUCGCAUCGGACUUCAUCGAACCUCGUCCGUCUCCUGCAACGGAAGCGACAAUGUCCUCUCCAACGCGACCGAAGCGAGCAUUCAGGGCACUGAUCAAUGGCCAGAGGAAGGUGACAAAUGGGCGAAAACUUCCCGCGCGAGAAGAUUCCUGAGAACUUGCGGCAAUCGUUGCAUUUGCGUGAUUCGCUGCAUAAGACGGUCGAUCAAGAAGCUGGUCGAGCACAAAUACUUUCAACAGGGUAUCCUAGUGGCGAUUUUGAUCAAUACCUUGAGCAUGGGGAUCGAGUACCACAACCAGCCAGAGCAAUUAACCAUAGUGGUCGAGAUAAGCAAUAUCGUGUUUUCGGCCGUCUUUGCUGUGGAGAUGUUGCUCAAGAUAAUUGCCGAAGGUCCAUUUGGGUACAUAAGCAAUGGAUUCAACGUUUUCGAUGGGGUCGUUGUGGUACUCAGCGUGGUGGAGAUUUGUCAAGCGUUCGUGGAGGAGAGGAGCGGCAGUUCCGGGCUGAGCGUGUUGAGGACCUUCCGGCUACUGAGAAUCCUGAAGCUCGUGCGUUUCCUACCGAACCUCCGGCGACAGCUGUUCGUGAUGCUGCGCACCAUGGAUAACGUUGCCGUAUUCUUUUCCCUUUUAGUACUUUUCAUCUUUAUAUUCAGUAUUCUCGGGAUGAACCUGUUUGGUUGCAAAUUCUGUGAAACGAUGAAAGGCAGCUCUGACGUCGAGUGUGAUAGGAAAAACUUUGACUCGUUACUCUGGGCUAUUGUGACGGUGUUUCAGAUCUUGACACAGGAAGAUUGGAACGUCGUAUUGUUCAACGGCAUGCAGAAGACCUCCCACUGGGCAGCCCUCUACUUCGUCGCGCUCAUGACCUUCGGAAAUUAUGUCCUCUUCAACCUGCUGGUCGCCAUUCUCGUCGAGGGCUUCUCCUCGGAGAGAAACGAAAGAAGGGAACGAGAACAAAGAGAAAUGGCUAGACUCGCUGCGAAAGAAGGUGGAAUGGGCAGCGAUGAUGGAUCAUCGAGGAUCUCUAGAUCACAUUCAAUCACUGAUAGUGAUACUUACACUCAGGAUCGAAAGAAUUCGUGGCAGAGUGCAGAGGAGUUGCGCAAGUACAAAGACAACAACAGAGAGAAGCAGAACACCGCUUGGAAACACCAGCUGGACGAACCAAAGUGUAACAUUCAAAAGGAGAAUAAAAUGAUGGGUGCUGCGGGACAACCACCGAUAAUUACCCACACUGCAGCCACCCCCCAGGACUCACCGAACACCACCCUCGACGUCGGAUACAGAGAUCUAAAUUGUCGAGCUGUUUAUCCCACUGCGGCAUUGUCGAUCGAAUCCAUCGAUCGUUCAGGCAGUCAGUGUAGUAUUCCUUCCGGCCUGUUAAAGCUACCAGACGUUUCAAACAAAAUACCAACUAAAAAUCUCAUUGCUGGACAAUUUCCUCGACGAAUAAGCCAUGUCACUGCUGUCGUUAAUCCUGCAACGAGAGAAUCAUCUAGUUCAAGUCCACCAAGAAUACAAAGAGGUUAUUCGUGGAAAUUGUCCCGGCCAUCUCUGAGGAGGAAACGUUGGUCACAAACGGAUGAAGAACCUCCUGGUAGAGCUACUGUCCUAAAUAACGGUCGAAGCACUCUACUUGGUUCCAAUUCAACCUUCAACGGCGGUUAUUUACACGGUUCGAUAAGAAACGACACGCAAAGCGACACACCAAAUAAUCGAACGACCGUCCUAACAAGCAAUAAUCGUAGCCUCAGCCCUAAUAAUUCCAUCGAAAGCCGUAGCUCCUCUAUAAGACGUUAUACAGCAACGCCCAAUCAGAUGCGAUGGAUAAGCGAUCUGUCGCGAAGGAACUCGUUGCGUGGGAACGAAAAUAUUCAGUCGCCGACGAGGAAAACUUUGCCCCUAGACGAGGUGCCUAUGCAAUGCUCAACGGCACGAACAAUCAACAAUUUGUCAAUGGAGACUGGUCCACUGCCCAGAAUUAAACGACUUCCCGAUCAAGAUGAUGACAAUCCCCGUACAGACGAACAGACGCCACCCUUGAAUGGCCAUGGUAGUGCAAGCAGUAUCGAGAGAAUUAAAAAGAUCUUCAUGUUUUUUGAACCUAAAGGUUGCCUUAAGGAACGCGAUGAUUACUCGCUUUACCUCUUUCCACCGAAUAACAGGUUUCGAGGUUUGUGUCGAUGGUUGGUCGAUCAGAGAUGGUUCGAUAACGUGGUACUCUUUUUCAUCGGUCUCAAUUGUAUUACACUGGCAAUGGAACGGCCAAAUAUACCACCUGAUAGUGGAGAAAGACUUUUUUUAUCAACUGCGAAUUACAUUUUUACUGCGGUCUUUGCUGUCGAAAUGUUCAUCAAGGUUGUUGCAUCUGGUAUGCUGUACGGCUCCGACGCUUAUUUUACUUCAGGCUGGAACAUUAUGGACGGAGUUCUUGUGAUCAUUUCCAUAAUCGACUUAUCAAUGUCCCUUCUGUCGUCGAGUAGUCCACGAAUAUUUGGAAUAUUGAGGGUUUUUAGACUUUUAAGGUCACUUAGACCAUUACGGGUUAUUAAUCGAGCUCCUGGUUUGAAACUGGUUGUUCAGACAUUGUUAUCCUCUUUACGACCUAUCGGCAACAUCGUUUUGAUAUGCUGUACUUUUUUCGUAAUCUUCGGUAUCUUGGGCGUGCAGCUCUUCAAGGGUGCCUUUUAUUACUGCGAGGGGCCUGAUAUUAAAAAUGUACGCAAUAAGACGGACUGCCUGGCUGACAAACGGAACGUUUGGCUAAACAGAAAAUACAAUUUCGAUGAUCUUGGCAAAGCGCUGAUGUCGUUGUUCGUACUCUCCUCCAGGGAUGGAUGGGUGAACAUCAUGUACACUGGACUCGACGCUGUCGGCGUCGAUCAACAGCCAAUAGAAAAUUAUUCCGAAUGGCGACUGUUGUAUUUCAUAGCUUUCAUCCUACUCGUGGGUUUCUUCGUCCUUAACAUGUUUGUAGGCGUUGUGGUGGAAAAUUUUCAUAGAUGUCGUGAGGAACAAGAAAAAGAGGAACGUGUGAGAAGAGCUGCAAAACGAGCCUUGCAAAUGGAAAAGAAACGGCGAAAAAUGCACGAACCACCCUACUACACAAAUUAUUCAAAAUCCAGGCUGUUCGUUCAUAACGUUGUGACGUCUAAGUAUUUCGACCUAGCAAUUGCUGCGGUAAUCGGCCUGAAUGUUGUUACCAUGGCAAUGGAGUUUUACAUGAUGCCAAAAGCUUUGACUUACGCUCUAAAGAUAUUCAAUUAUUUCUUCACCGCUGUCUUCAUUCUUGAAUCUUUUAUGAAGCUUCUUGCCUUAGGUUUACAUCUUUAUCUUAAAGACAAAUGGAAUCAGUUAGAUGUAGGAAUCGUAAUAUUAUCGGUGGUUGGUAUAGUUCUCGAAGAAGUCGAAUCGAAGAUCAUUCCGAUCAAUCCUACCAUAAUUCGAGUAAUGCGAGUUUUACGAAUUGCCAGAGUUUUGAAGCUGCUGAAAAUGGCCAAAGGAAUACGAGCUCUGCUAGACACGGUAAUGCAGGCGUUACCGCAGGUUGGAAAUUUGGGACUAUUAUUUUUUUUGCUGUUUUUCAUCUUCGCGGCUCUUGGUGUAGAACUGUUUGGUCGCCUAGAAUGUAGUGAUGAUAUGCCUUGCCAAGGUUUGGGGGAACACGCCCACUUUAGUAAUUUUGGUAUGGCAUUUCUGACGCUUUUUCGAGUGGCCACCGGCGACAAUUGGAACGGCAUCAUGAAGGAUACUCUGAGGGAUGAUUGUGAUGAAGCAGCGGACUGUGUAAAGAAUUGUUGCGUGAGCACCAUCAUAGCCCCGAUAUUUUUUGUAAUUUUUGUGCUAAUGGCACAAUUCGUCCUUGUGAACGUAGUCGUCGCCGUGCUCAUGAAACAUCUAGAAGAGAGUCAUAAACAGAUGGAAGAUGAGCUUGACAUGGAAACGCAAUUAGAAAGAGAAUUAGCAGCAGAACAAGAAGAGCUGUUGGAAGUAGAAGAAGAAGAGGAAGACGAUGAACCAGUAAAACGAGAAAGAGGAGACGGUGGUGGCACGGAGAACGAUGACGAAGUCAGAGAACGCGAGUCUAUUUUAGUGACGAGCGAAAAGAUUCCUGCUAGCAGACCUGGUCUCGCUAAAGUUCGUUCCUUGCCUGCGAAUUUUAUUUACAAUCCACCACGGGAGAGAAACGCAGACGAUGGAACGAUUUCUGUAUCGUUUUCGCGACGCAAUUCGUAUCAUCGUUCCAGUUCAAGACCGUCCAAGUUCAAAUCGAAGCGUCGACAAACGUUUCAUUCGGGGCAUCAACAGAGGAGAUCCUUACUGCCGAUGCAUUUUGAAGUCGCCGAAGUUUUUGAGAAGCCUGUAAGCAAUCUAAGCGUGCCUCGAAUUAUUCCUCAACGCAGUUACGGUGCAGCAAGUCGAGAUGCCACCCAAGCGCAACGUCAAAGGUUACAGGCAACCAGCGACGGUCAAGAAAACAAGUCCCUCUUGAGCGUAAGCAAGCCGCCAGCGAGUUCUUCCCCGGUGUCACCGGCUGGCUCGGUUAACACUCUAACCUGUCCUAAAAUAAGCAGCGAACGUUAUCUUCUGCCAACGGCCAAUAUUUACCCGUCCAAGGCAACGUUGAGUCGCAGGGCAUCGAGCGACACGCAGUCACAGUCCGAUACGAACGUCAGCGUCGGGGCCGGAAGCAACGUCUCGAAAACACCCAGCAUGGUGAACGGUUACGCAGAGAGCAGCGUAUCCAAGGGCAGCAGCAAAUCCGACGAUUCGAAGGCGAAAAACGAGAGACGGGUAUCCGCUCCACCGACGGACGAUCUUGACGUGCAGUCGAUCAUUAACGAAAGGAGACCGUCCAAGCUGAAGAGCGGAAAUUCCACGGGGAUGAUGAGUAGCGUCGGUGAUCAGUACGCUUCGUCCAUGCAUGCCGGAAGCUACGGACACAUCUAUGUUACCGAGGAACGAUCCGAGGAUGUGUCACCGAUAUCGACCGGUAACAUGAGCGACAGCAUGAUGGGGAGCACGAGCGUGAGCGGUAGUGGAAGUGGAAGUGCAACUGGAAGUGGAACUGAAAGCGGUAGUGUGAGUGGAAACGGUAGCAAAAGCGGAAGCGCCGUGGUGCACAUACCGGAAGGCAUUUGCACAACCAUUGGCUCGGACGUUCGUAUAUACGUGGACGAUACCGAUUCAACGAGUAGCAACAACCAUCACAGGAAAAAGCCAAACGAGGAGUCAUCGGACGCAUCGACGACCAUUUCGUCGGUAACGGCGAUUCCUGAUGGUACCGACGUGACGGAAGAGGCGGAAGAAAAGUCCGAGAGAUACGACGGAGCAUCCUCCGGUGUACCGUCAGAUCCUUCUUAAGCCGUGAAAAAGCAGCCAUCGUGCGAUGUAACUCCUAUCUCCUUGCGUUUAGAGAA